CCUGUCCCCCGCAGGUCAGCGGCUGUACUUGGCACAGCACCACAUGCAUACAGUCUGGAAUGAUAACCAUUUACAGACUGAUUUAACACACAUUAUAGGCCUGUAUGCUGAGCCGCUGACUCAGAUAUUCUACACAAAGGCUCUAUAGAACAUUUAGCUAUCACUCUGGGUAUAAAAGUGGCUCGGAGUCCAGCUGGGAGAAGCAGCAGUGCAAUCAGGGAUCAGCUAGGACAUCAAAAUGGGCAGAAUCAUCUUCUACGAGGACAGGAACUUCCAGGGUCGCUCCUAUGAGACCAGCAGCGACUGCGCUGAGCUGACCUCCUACCUGAGCCGCUGCAACUCCUGCAGGGUGGAGAGCGGCUGCUUCAUGGUGUACGAACGUCCUAACUUCAUGGGCCACCAGAUGCUGGCCAGGAGGGGAGAGUACCCCGACAACCAGCGCCUGAUGGGGAUGAGCAUGAGCGACUGCAUCCGCUCCUGCCGCAUGAUCCCUCUGCACAGAGGUCCCUUCAGGAUGAGGGUCUACGAGAAGGAGAACUUCGGAGGCCAGAUGAAUGAGGUGAUGGACGACUGCGACUCCAUCCAGGAACGUCUGCGCAUGUCCGACUGCCAGUCCGCUCAGGUGAUGGACGGCCACUGGCUGCUGUACGAGCAGCCUCACUUCAGAGGCAGGAUGAUGUACCUGAGGCCCGGGGAGUACAGGAGCAUGAGAGACAUGGGAGUCAGUCCCAUGGACAUGAGGGUCGGAUCCAUCAGGCGUAUCAUGGACUCUUGUUAGACCAAUCAAACAGGCUCUACCUUUAAUUAUGUAACCAAAUCUGAAUAAAGAGUUUUUAAACUGA